AUGAGCAUGGAUGCUGAGGGCUUGAUCCGCGCCCAGACGGAGCUUCAGCUACUUCUCGCGCGCAGCUGGGAGAACUUGAAGAAAGCGGGGUCCGCUAAGAUAACUGUGGGGCUGUUAGAGUCACGGCUGAAAGUCGUAGAAAAAAACUGGCGAAGGUUCGAAGUAAAUCACGAGACACUAAACACUAAACACUGGGAGGCAAUCAAGGACACGGAUUACAUUCAAAACAAAGACUAUGGAACAGUGGAAGAGAUCUUCAUAACACAACGAGGCACCAUCACAGACAUGAUACGUGAAAUAAAGGAGUCCGCGGCGAAGACGGCGACUGAGGCCGCACCGCAAUCAAGGCGAACGCUUCCUCGCAUCCAACUCCCGACGUUCUCCGGGAAAUGUGACGAGUGGCCCGCCUUUCGCGAUCUAUUCCAGUCACUUGUCUCUGCUGAUCCCUCCGUGACGGGGGUGGAGAGGCUCCACUACCUGAAGACAAGCGUGAAAGGAGAAGCGGCACAGCUCAUCGCGAAUCUACCUACAAUAGAGGAGAACUUUAAAGGAGCAUGGACCAUCUUGACCGACCACUAUGAGAACAAGCGCCUGCUGGUGAGAUCUUGCUUCGCCUCGUUCACGGCAAUACCAAAGAUGAAGAGUGAGUCCACUGACUCACUCACUAGUGACCUUAAACGCCUCUUCCAUGGGAUGCUGAGUACCGUCGGAACCUUGGAGAGCAUCGGACGCCCGAUCGCCAACAGCGCGGACCUCUUUGUACAUCUUGUCACAGAGACCCUCGAUCCGCGUUCUCGCCGCGAGUGGGAGACGGAAGUGAGUGGAACAUCCGAGCCGCCGUCGUACGAGACCCUGAAGAGCUUCGUGGAGCGUCGAGUGAGGACAUUGGAGGCCCUGCAACCUCACAAAGCCGAGUCAACACUACCAGCCUCAGGCAAGAGCACCAGUGCAACGACAAAGUCCGCCCGAUCGCACUUGACGCAAAAACCGACAAAGAAAGGCGGUCGCUGUGCACUCUGCGAGGGUGACCACUACAUCCUCUUCUGCAGCGAGUUCCAAAAGAAGUCGGCCAAAGAGAAGAAGGGAAUCGUGGAGUCGAAGCAGCUUUGCUUCAACUGUUUCGGGAAGCACCAAGUCGCCGAGUGCCAAUCGAAAAAAUCAUGUGCCGCGUGCAACGCGCGACACCACUCAUCGACGCACGACGCCUACAUCGCCAGCUCGCCCGGCAACAACCCCACUUCGCAUCACGCGCAACGACGAAGCAUGAGGAGCACCACGGUUCUCCUUGCCACCGCACGAGUCAACGUCGCUGACCGUCAUGGCACUAAACAGUCAGCACGAGCGCUCAUCGACUCUGGAUCCGAGAUCUCGCUCAUUUCAGAGGCCUUGACGCAACGCCUCAGACUGCCACGGAGUGCCGCGCCGGUCUCGAUCAUCGGUGUGGGCGGACGUCGCACAGCGACGGCCAAUGGCAAGGUCAGUGUGCACCUCUCCUCUAGGACAUCGAACUUCUCCAUGCCGCUGAACACCUUAGUCCUGCCGCGCAUAUCGGCUUACAGCGCUCGACUGUCGGCGGCGAGCCACGAAUGGGCACACGUACAGGGCCUCUCACUGGCCGACCCAGACUUCGGCACUUCCGACCCCGUGGAUCUCCUCCUGGGAGCCGACGUCUUCCACCUCAUCAUUCAGGAAGGCCUGAAGAAGGGCGGCCCGCAACAGCCGAUCGCACAGCAGACCGCGCUUGGCUGGAUCCUCUCAGGGAUUGUACACGGCACUCAACAACAACUUCCUGCCCUGGCCCACCAGUGCUGCGUCGACAAGCACCUCGCGUCACUGAUCGGCUUGUUUUGGGAGCAGGAGGAAUCCCCUAGGACAGCGAGCCCACUCACCGAGGAUGAGCAGCGAGCCGAGACACUCUUCGUGCAAACACAUUCCAGGACUGAGAACGGGAGGUACGUCGUGCGGCUUCCAGUGUCUACAACACUUCCAGACCUAAGCCACACUCGACGCACAGCGCUGUGUACGCAGCUUGGUAUGGAAAGGCGAUUUCUAAAGGACGCAGCACUGCACGAGAGGUACGCAGAGUUCAUGGAGGAGUACGAAGCACUUGGCCACAUGACUCCGGCAGCGCCACUCAGCGAUGUUAAGGCAUGCUACUUACCUCAUCACGGGGUAUUCAAACAAACCGACUCAACGAAAAAGAUCCGGGUGGUCUUCAACGGGUCAUCAAAACUGCCUUCAGGAGAAUCCCUGAACGAGUUCCUGCUUCCUGGCCCAAAUUUGUUGCCUGCUCUACCGGACGUACUGACGAGGUGGAGACGACAUCAAUUCGUGCUGGUCACGGACAUAGCCAAAAUGUACCGGCAAAUCAUGUCACUACAAGAGUACCGACUCAAUACAGUCACUUACGGGUUGGCAUGUGCACCGUACCUUGCCAUCCGGACGCUGCAGCAGCUUGCUGCCGAUGAGGAAAAACGGUACCCGCUAGGAGCAGCCGUGCUCCGAUCCAGCUGCUACGUGGACGACAUCUUGACGGGAGCCGACAGCAUCGAGAAGACUCGCGAGAUACAGGAAGAAUUGAUCUUUCUGUGCGCAGCGGGUGGCUUUCCACUGAGCAAGUGGGCUGCCAACUCCGAAGCGCUAUUGGACGGCAUCCCAACAGCUAGACUGUUCGACCCUCUCGGGUGGCUGGCCCCGGUGGUCAUCAAGGCAAAAAUUCUGAUCCAGCAGCUGUGGUUGCAGCGGCUCGACUGGGACGAUCAGCUAGCAUGCAAGGACGAACGAGAGUGGCUCACCUUCCAAGGAGAACUCCAGACCCUGGGUGACAUCCGCGUGCCCCGUUGGCUGAACACCAGCCACACCGGCGAAGUCGAGCUGCAUGGCUUCGCCGACGCAUCAGAGCGGGCAUACGCAGCCGCAGUUUAUGCCGUGGUGCAGCCUGGCAGGGCGGGCGGCGGACAAUUCCUCCUAACGGCCCGAACAAAGGUCGCGCCCAUCAGCCAGGUAUCACUCCCACGGCUUGAACUUUGCGCUGCAGCUCUCCUGGUCAAGCUGGCGGCGCACACCCAUAAAACGGCGGGCCUGGCCAUCUCCAGCACCCACUUGUGGUCAGAUUCGACAGUGGCUCUCGCCUGGAUCCACGGACACUCAUCGAAAUGGAAGACCUUCGUCGCAAACAGGGUCGCCACCAUCCAACGGACGCUUCCCGAGGCUAUCUGGCGCCACGUUCCCAGCAAGGACAACCCCGCCGAUUGCGCAUCGCGAGGACUAGCUCCCACGGCGCUGCUCGCGCACACACUAUGGUGGAGGGGCCCGGCCUGGCUGACCGAUCGUACUUCCUGGCCAACCCGGACAGAAUUCACCGCCUGCGAGGAGGACCUCCCGGAUCGACGCACCCUAGUGCAUCUCGCCACCGAGGAAGCCGAGGAUAACCACAUCAUGCUUCAGCGAAUCUCGUCACUUCAUAGGCUGCUCAGAGUGACAGCCUGGUGCCGACGAUGGCUCUGCAAAAUAAGACAGACAACGUUCGUUUCCGCCAGCGGUGUCCUGACACCGGAAGAACUGGAGGAGGCACGCCUCACCUGGAUACGGGCGACUCAGGAAGCCCACUUCAAGAGGGAACGGAAGGCUAUGGAGAGGGAGAAGCCACUACCCAGACGCAGCCCUCUCAACAAGCUGGCUCCCUUCAUCGACGACAAGGGGCUCCUGCGCGUGGGAGGGCGACUCAAACAUUCGCUGCUGAGCCCGGACGAGCGACACCCAGUCAUCUUGCCAGCAGCCGCACGCUUCACUGCCAUGCUCAUCGAUGCGUGUCACAGGGAGACGAUGCACGGCGGGAUCCAGCUCACGCUGGGAACAAUCCGACGGCGAUAUUGGAUCCCAGGCGGUCGAGCAGCCGUCAGGCGACACAUCCACCGAUGUGUGAGAUGCGUGCGAUGGCGGGCGGCAACACCGAAAACAUUGAUGGGCGACCUUCCUGGCCCAAGAGUCACCGCAUCGCGGCCAUUCACGCACACAGGCGUGGAUUACGCUGGACCCGUGCAGCUCCGGACAAGCAAGGGACGUGGUCAUCGAUCGUGCAAGGCUUUCCUUGCCAUUUUUGUGUGUUUCAGUACCAAAGCUGUGCAUCUUGAGGUGGUCUCAGACUACAGUGCCGACGCCUUCCUCGCCGCCUUCCGACGCUUUGUGUCUCGCCGUGGCCUCUGCCGGGCUGUCUACAGUGACCAAGGAACCACGUUCGUCGGGGCCGACACUCAGCUCAAGGCCCUCUUCCGAGAUGCAGCGAAGGGCAACGCUUACAUCGCCAAUACCCUGGCCAACCAUGGAGUCCAGUGGUGCUUCAACCCGCCGGCAGCUCCUCAUUUUGGCGGUCUGUGGGAAGCAGCCGUCAAGUCUGUAAAGCAUCACCUACGAAGGGUGAUAGGCGACUCUACACUCACCUUCGAGGAAAUGAGUACAGUGCUGGCACAAAUAGAGGCGUGCCUGAAUUCACGACCACUACAGGCGCUAUCGGACGAUCCCGAGGACGUGAACGCACUCACCCCGGGACACUUCUUGAUUGGCGCCCCACUCAAUGCUGUGCCGGAGCCAUCCUUGGUGGAACACGCCCCGAGCCGGCUAUCCAGAUGGCAAUUGCUCCAGCAAAUGCGGGACCACUUUUGGCACAGGUGGUCUCACGAAUAUCUACACACAAUAGCAACGCGAGCCAAAUGGUGGAGAACGGACAUUGCACCAGGUAUAGGGGACCUAUGCAUUAUCAAAGGAGAAAACUCACCCCCAGGGAAAUGGCCGUUGGCACGCAUCACGGAGGUCCAUCCUGGAAGCGACGGGGAAGUCCGUGUGGUAACCGCACGAACAACCAACACUUCCCUCAAGCGACCGGUAACCAAGAUCGUCCUGCUGCCGUCAAGCGUCACAGCGCAAGAGGGAUGACUUCCGAGGCAACCCCUUCACUCGACGGAUCGUGCUGCAACAAACUCUACCAAGCGUAUCAUACAUAAGCUCUCUCACCUUCGUCUCAUUCAGUUCUGUAAUCUCAGGCAAACAAAGCUAACCUCACUUUACACUCUCACCUCGCACAGAGGAGAUUGAUUCCAGGCUCGCUUCAGGCUGUGUGAUUCCCCCAACUUCUCUGUACCUGUCACUCGGGUGUCAUCUCGUACUUAACUCACGACCACACUGCAUCUCGUGCACACUGCCACCACUGCCGCGUCCUACUGCACUUUGUAUCGUUGCAUGACGUACCGAUCACUACAUUGAUUACACCACCAAUGAGCAAUGAGGCGAGAGCGUAAACCGCAGCGCCGAACGCCACCAAUUUCGCUAGUAGCCACUAGCGAGGCGGGCGGCAUGUUCAAAGUCUUGAAUAAUCAUAUCACCUCAUUUGUGAUUUCGCUGCAAAAUUCAUACCGGCAUCGAUAUUCAUGCAAUGUUUAUUACUGGCAUGGGAAUUGACUGAGCGAGAUAACGGUCCGGCACUGUUUUGGGUUGUCACCUCCGAGACAACGGCGGAUCGCCGGGAUCGCUUCGCAGUCGCAUUUUUCCAUGCCACUAAUAGAAACAAAAACAAGGGGAGUCACAGCGAUGUGACUCGUGUACAACACAGGAGCUUCGAGAACCGUCUCCAGAAAGGCGGUAUAAAACCAGCGCGAGCGCGCGCCUGGCUCAGAUCGCUUUCCGUUAUCGCAAGUUUCGGAAGUCAUCGCGCUUUGUACUUCGCCGUACGUUAAGAUACUCGCUUAAGCCGUAUCGCGAAUAUCCUUUGUGAGAGAAAGGAAAAACUGUAAAUAGUGUAUAUAGAUGUGUUAAAUAUAUUCUGCGUUACAAAAUCACACCGUGUUAGUGAGACCAAACGUGUAGUGUCUAAACCUCCUCCCUCGAGCACUGAACACCCUACUUCAAGGGUUAUCCAGCAAUGAGUAAGCAAUAUGUUCAGUAAUAAAUGCACUUAUUGUUAGUGUUAUACUGUUUUAUUCCAAUCAAUCUUUAAUCUAAUUUUUUUAUUACGGAAAUAACUUUGCAUUGUGGAAAUUAUCUUUAACACAAAGAGCUUAUAACAUUUUGACGUCAAUGACUGAUCUUAUGAAGUAGAUAUCAGUAUAUACAAACAGAUCCAAGUACACACAUACACACAUCAGCCGACCCACUCAACAACGUCUCAAUAUGUAUUAAAUGACUCAAAGUUGGACAAAGUUGGACUCACAC